AUGUUCAUUUCAAUACGAUUCGGAUGCUUGAAGUUUGCAGUUGUCAUCUGUACGAAGGAAGAAGGGUUCUCGAAAGGAUCACAUUUGGAGUUGCCGAUUUCGUGGAGGCGUGUGAUUCGUAAGGACAACUCAAGCGCCAAUGUCGAAGGAGAUGUUGUGCAACGUGCCAUCAGAUGUGGAGAUGAAAUUAUUCUCAAAGCGACGGCCUCAUCACCGUCAACCCCCACAGAGACCGCCGCCAAAGAACCCGUGGAUCUUUCUCUCGAUGCAAAAUCAUCGUCAGAUGUGGUGACGGACUUCACCGGAGACCCCGAUGGAUUUUCAUGUGCACGUUGUGGAAAAGUCUUCAGCUACUCCUAUUAUCGUGAUAAACAUCUCAAAUAUACACGAUGUGUGGAUAAUGGUGACAGGAAGUUCCCUUGCUCGAUUUGUCCAAGAUCUUUUGAGAAAAAGGACCGACUUCGUAUUCACAUCCUUCAUGUUCACGAGAAUCACAGACCUCAUUUGUGUACGGUAUGCGGCAAAGCAUUCAGCCAAUCCAGCAGUCUUAACAAGGUAUCAGAUUCAAUUUUAUUGUUUGCCUUCAAGUUGUCCGAAACGAUC